AUUUCAGGCGCAGCAAAUAAAAGACUUCGGACAACUUUACAGGCUUCACAAAAACGAGAACGCGAUUUAAUGCGACAAUUCAGUGAUUAUGUUUGAAAAUAGACUAAACUUGAAUUCGGAUUCUAGUCUGGAGAUCGUAAAUAAUGCCAACAACAAACUUAUCUCUGAUUGUCGGUUUCAUUUCCAACAGCAUGUUGUAUUCAUCAUCAUAAACAUCUUUUAAAUUGGAUUAACUUUACAUAGUUUUGAAAAAGAUGACGGACAUAAGCUUGCACGAGCUGCUGGACCUCUCUAUAGGGACUCCAGAUGUUGGAUCUGUCAACUUCAGCGCAUUGCACGCUUUACUGAACGCCAUCCUGGGACACCUGAAGAUCGAGACUAUCACAACUCCCUGGAAAGAUGCUGACCACGAGCAUGGCGGCCCACCUCAGACUAAACCCGUGGAUAAAUCAGUCCCGUAUAACGUAAUGGAGGAGAAAGUGAGACGGAUGGAGGAGCAGAUGUCUGUGCUGGAGUCUCUGCCGAGCGCCUCUCAGCUUAUCAAAUCUGACAGUGCGGUCAAUGACAUGUGGACACUCAUGCAGCUCCGCAGAAAGGCGCAGGGAAACGAGGAUGGCGUGUCGAAGUGUAUGGCUUUAAUCCAAGACCUGCUGACUGAAAUCCAGGCACUCAAAGAGUCCAGAGACGAUCUGACGCAAAAAAUCCAAACGUUGGACGGUCAGAUCAGCCAGCUAAAUAUGAAUGAGUUGGCUGACCGUAUAUUGGCUGUGGAACAGUACUGCCAUCAGGUGGAAGAUCUGAACAACACCACAAAAGAGUUGAAGGAUAAACUCACUCAGUAUCCUCUACCAGAGGAGCUCACACAGUGUGUCACAUGGGAAGUGAUGCAGGCUGCACUCAUCAUCAGUGAUAUUUUGCCCAAAACUGCUUUCUCCCAUUCAAAGGGCCUAACAAACACCAUAGGGGUCCCUUCGGCUAAAGACACUGUACCCACCCACCCCUUAAACCAGGGUACCCCAUUCAAAAGUGACACAGCUGAUACAAGUUCAGAUACCCCUCCUCGGGUUUCUCCUCCUCGGCAGUCGGUGUCUGGUGGGGAUUCGUUCACUGUGGCCGGUCACAGGUUGUCUCGGGUCAGCAGCGGGGCUGAGCAAUAUCCAGAGACAGUAGAGGCUCUGAUAGAGGUGGGCGGACUGAGAGACAGACAUGAGAGUCUGGAGGCCCGCGUGGGGCAGCUGGAGGCAAACAAGGCUGAUCGGACAGAGCUUCAACAUCUGAAUGAUCUCCUCACUGCCAUGGGUGAGAGGCAGUUACCGGAUAAUGUGCCAGAGCAGUUGAAUCAUCUGAGGACUCUUGUAGACAGUCUUAUAGCAGAUAAAGACAAGAACAAUGAAUUGGUGAGUGAUGUACAGGGAGCCAUACUACAGCUGCAGGCAGAGUAUGAGAAACUAAACAGCACAACUAACCACCUGAUGGAGGAACACAGCAAGAAACAGAUCCACAUCGAUCGUCUGUACAAGGCUAUGGAGAAACUGGAUGAAAAGAAAGCUGACAAGGAACUGGUGGAGAUGGAGAUCGAUAUUAAAGCAGACAAACGUGCUCUGGAGAGCAAGGUGAGCCGUAUGCAGUUUGACAGUAUGACAGAGCAGUUGAAUAACAUGUUACAGGAAGUGCUCAGUAAGAUCAGUGGACAGGAGCAAGAUUGGCACAAGAUCAUCGAGAAGAUCUCCACUGAAAUGGACUGCAAGUUAAACCGGAUUGAACUGGAACCACUGAAGAAACAGCUGGACGAUCGUUGGAAGAGCAUCCACCGGCAGCUGCAGAUCCCUCCGGCCCCCGGCCAGGAUGACGCCGCAGGAAUCAGGAAACAACUGCUGGCCAGAUUUCACUGUAUUUCAUGUGAUCGUCCGGUGGAUAUGAUCACACCAGGACAACAUUUCGCUACUCUGCCCUGUGCUCCAGGACUGCCGCCACACAAAUCCAACCGACCCUACACUGUUUAUGAGCUGGAGCAGGUGCGACAACAGUGCAGAAGUGAGAGGAUCCCAGAAAUGGCAGAUUACAGUUACCUGGCUCGUAACUGUGGGGGAAGCCAUACCCUCACCUACCCUCACAACCGCAGGUACACCCGUCUGCAACACAUCACCCACGUGAUCCAGACUGAAGAGGAGAGUCGACCCGUGCCCUCUGCACCAUACACACAGCCAGAAGAAGUGGACAUCUUAGGUUUAGAUGGACAGGUCUAUAAAGGCCGUACGAACGUCAGAGCAGUGAAGGUCAGCGAGUCCAGAUUACCAACCAUUCCUCCAAGAGAAGGCAACUGCAAGAGUAAAGACAAGAUCAACCGCUCACAAUCCCAGCGGUCCUGCGGAGUAAACGGUGGCCGGGGAAGUCCAGCACGACCACAGAGUGCCAAGACUCACCAGAUCCGCUCAGCGUCCAGUAGCUCAAUGCGAGACCGGCCCAUGUCCUCAAUGGGCUGCCUUUCCCAGGGCAUUGAGCUUCAGUCCUCGUUCCAUGACACCACCACUGAGCUCCACAAAGAUCACAACCAAUCAGAGGAGGAGCCGGUGACGUCACUGUAG